GGAAGAUGUGGUCGCGAAUGAACCGGGCGGCUGAGGACUUGUACGCUCGUCUCCUGCAGGCAUUUGAAGAAGAACAGAAAGGAAUCUGCAAAGACCCAUUUAUUUAUGAGACUGAUGUCCAGGUGCAGCUCAUCAGCAAAGGUCAGCCAAACCCCCUGAAGAACAUUUUACAUCUUUCCAAAACAUUUUCAAAGCCUUUAGAAAAAGAAGAAACCGGUUAUAUGGAAGAAAUUCAGCCCGAAGAGACUGCCAUUUCUGAUUUCUCUGCCAGUGAAAGUGUGGGGGCACUUGCUUUACCAGUUGGGAGAGCACGGCAGUUAAUUGGACUUUACACCUUGGCUCACAACCCUAAUAUGAGCCAUUUGAAGAUAACUCGGCCGGUGACUGCCCUUGCCCCCCUUUGGAUAAGAUGCGACAGUUCAGACCCUGAAGGUACGUGCUGGCUCGGAGCGGAGCUCAUCACAGCAAACGGCAGCAUCGCAGGCAUUGUCUUACACGUAGUCAGUUGUCAAGCUGAGAAGCAUUGUUCUGUACAUCUUGAAGACCUUAAAAAUUCCCACAAGAAAAGACAUCAUUCGUCUACUGCGGCGACCAGGGGCUUUGCGCAGUAUGAGCUCUUCAGGUCCACCGCCUUGGACGACACGGCCUCCGCAUCGCCGCCGCCGCCCACGACCAUCACCUUGGACAUGGCCUGGGGUCCUGUGGACGAGACUCUCGAAACCCCUCCGCUCUCUUCCACCGCGACUCUGAAUCUUAAAGUGGAAUCUGGAGAGACGAGAAGCCCUUUGAAGAAUCUUCACAGACAGCUGACGUUUCUCCUUGCCUUGGCUGAUGGUCUGAGGACUGGCGUGUCGGAAUGGCCUGAGCCCCAGGAAGUGAAGUCUGCUGUUGAACUUGUGCAGGAGUUCCUCAAUGACUUAAAUAAACUGGACGCAUUUUGUGAUUCUGCGAUAAAGGACACAGAGACGGUGAGGCGUGACGCGGCGGCGGCGGUGGAGUGCUCCAUUGAGAGGGUGUUCGUGGUGCGGGGCGACCUCGACUUUGCCGAGCAGCUGUGGUGCAGAAUGAGCAGGAGUGUAGUCUCAUAUCAAGACUUGGUGAAGUGUUUUACGUUGAUCAUCCAGAGUCUACAACGUGGUGACAUACAGCCAUGGCUACACAGUGGGAGUAGCAGUUUACUAAGUAAGCUGAUUCACCAGUCUUAUCAUGGGACCAUGGAUGCUGUUUCUCUCAGUGGCACGAUUCCAGUUCAGAUGCUUUUGGAAAUUGGUUUGGACAAACUGAAGAAAGAUUAUAUCAGUUUUUUCAUAGGUCAGGAACUUGCAUCUUUGAAUCACUUGGAGUACUUCAUUUCUUCAUCAGUAGAUGUACAAGAGCAAGUGCAUCGUGUUCAGAAACUGCACCAUAUUCAAGAAAUAGCGGUCAGCUGCAUGCUGUUCAUCAAGCCCCAACAUGAGCUCCUCUUCUCUUUGACACAAUCCUGUAUAAAAUACUACAAACAGAAUCCUCUUAAUGAGCAGCACAUUUUCCAGCUGCCAGUCAGACCGAUUGCUAUGAAAAACUUAUAUCAAAGUGAGAAGCCACAGAAAUGGAGAGUGGAAAUAAGCAGUGGGCAAAAGAAGGUGAAAACCGUGUGGCAACUGAGUGACAGCCCCCCUGUAGACCAUCUGAAUUUUCACAGACAUGAUUUUCCCGAAUUGACUCUCAAUGGUAGCCUGGAAGAAAAGAAACACUUUGCUACCAUGGUUACCUGCAGCCAAGUACAUUUCAAGUAGAGCGUACUGAUGCGGGCGCUUGAAUCUGAAAACAGAAACGUAUGUGACCUUCAGAGCGGGAAAGUGGAUGCGCCUGGAGCUACAAAUCGGUCACGGGUCUCAAGUCUGCCCCCAGAGGAGGAGCAUUAGCAGGACAGCAGCGAUGAGGAUGCCCAGGGUGCAGACUGUGGGCACCACAAUCUCCGUCACCAUCUGCAUGUGACUUAGCAGCGGCCCUGGAAUGGUAAAGAAAACGGUUUCACCAGUAAAACUUCAUCCUGAAAGCUUUAACCAUAAUGGAAAAACUUGGAAAGGGGCGCAUCACAUUUUCUCAUUAUUCCUCUUUGCUGUGAAAGAGGAGCUGGUGAAUUAAAUGUUGCAAACAAA